AUGAACGUUCUCGCCAAGUCUGCUCGUGCUGCCAUCAAGCCUCUCGCCAUGGCUCGUUUCUACGCUACUGAAGCUCCUGCUGCUUCCGAAGCUCUUCGUUUGACCUUCGUUGUCCCUCACAAGGCUAUCUACAAGGCCACUGACGUUCAACAAGUUAACUUGGCUGCCACCUCUGGUGAUAUGGGUAUUCUCGCUAAUCACGUUCCUACCAUUGAACAAUUGAACCCUGGUGUCGUUGAAGUUGUUGAGACCGCUGAACUCACCAAGAAAUUCUUUGUUUCUGGUGGUUUUGCCACUAUCAACCCUGAUAACUCUCUCAACAUCAACGCUGUUGAGGCUUUCCCUCUUGAAGAACUUUCUCUCGAGCGUGUUCAAGCUGGUCUCGCUGAAGCUCAACGUCAAGCUGGUGCCGCUGCCUCUGAUAAGGAGAAGGCUGCUGCCAAGAUCGAGGUCGAGGUCUAUGAAGCUCUCCAAAGCGCUUUGUCCAAGUAA